CCAAAACCAAAACCCUCCCUGGGCGCGUUGGCAUAGCAGUGCGCCACAGCCCUCUCCUAGCUUCCGGAGUCCGGACUCAUUGUCCCUCGCUCUCCGCCUUGCCUGAGCCCUGCACCGUCGCCGCCGUAGUGCUUUUCAGUAUCCACCACACGUCCGCGGUCUGCUGCUCUCCUCUUUCCAGUCUCCGCGUCGCUCUGUUCUUCCUAUCUGCAGUUCGCCUUGUGUUCGGGUAAGCUUCGUGUAUGCCUCCGUUGUUGGCUUCUGGCAGAUUUGAGUUAGUGUUCGGCCUCGGAGAAGACCUGACCUCACAAGCCAGAGCUUUGCUCCUUAUAUCUCUCGAAUGAGAACAGCGGCAUGACCGGCCAACUCUUACAAUAUCAUUCAUUUGCACUUUCCUCCGCUGAAAAGCGACCCGCCUCCGUCGUAAGCGUUGUCCAUGCAUCGAGCUACCCCUUUUUCAGUCAAGAGUCAUUCUGUUUUCUUCAGCACACGCCCCUGUAUCCUUAUUUGCAACGCCAUCAUUGUCGCCGUGUAUUGUGCAAGUUGAAAAUCAAAAUUGGUGGCUUUUUUAAUGAAGUAUGAAGAUUUCCUAUAAUUGCAGCAACUGGGUCUUGACAACAAUAUGCUAAAUGUCAUAGCCCAAAGCCUAGUACUAUCCUUACCAUCUUACAAGGAUGCAAUAACAUCAAAAGGCUUAAAAAGAUCCAUGCCUAUGUCAUUAUUAGUGGACUCCAACACCAUGUUACUAUUUCCAACAGACUCCUGAACUUUUGUGCUGUCUCAGUUGCAGGUUCCAUGUCUUAUGCUCUACAUCUAUUCCAUCAUAUGGACAACCCUUCAACUGAAUCAUGGAACUCCAUUAUCAGAGGCUUUGCACAGGGCUCAUCACCUCACCAAGCACUUCUUUACUACAAUGCCAUGGUUUCUGCUUCAGUUUCUCGACCUAACAGCUAUAUUUUCUCAUUUGUUCUCAAGGCUUGCGAGAAGAUUAAGGAUGAAAAGAAAUGUAGAGAGGUUCAUGGAUCUAUAAUCCAACAAGGGUACGAGAGAGAUGUUAUUGUUUGUACUAAUCUGAUGAGAUCAUAUGCAGGGAAUGAAUUGAUUGAGAGUGCACGAAGAGUUUUUGAUGAUAUGUCUAACAGAGAUUUGAUUUCUUGGAAUUGUAUGAUAUCAUGCUAUUCUCAAGCAGGUUUUCAUCAAGAUGCUUUGACAUUGUACAAUCAAAUGCGAGAUAAGAAUGUUGGCUUGGAUGGUUUUACACUUGUUGGCUUGGCUGCAUCAUGUGCUCAUAUUGGAGCUAUGAAUAUUGGGAUUCAAAUGCACAAAUUUGCUCGUAGAAAGGGUUUUAUGAAUGACAUUUAUGUUGCCAAUGCUCUUAUUGAUAUGUAUGCAAAAUGUGGAUGCUUAGAUAGUGCACUUUCUAUCUUCAACAAGAUGAAGAAGAAGGAUGUGUUUACUUGGAACUCAAUGAUUGUUGGCUAUGGAGUUCAUGGUCACGGAGAGAAAGCAAUAUCACUUUUUAAGCAGAUGUUAGUGGGAGGAGUCCAGCCAAACUCGAUCACAUUUCUUGGUUUAUUAUGUGGAUGUAGUCACCAGGGUUUAGUUAAGGAGGGCAUUCAAUAUUUCCAUUUGAUGAGCUCUGACUUCAAGCUGAAACCAGAAGUCAAGCAUUACGGUUGCAUGGUGGAUCUUUUUGGACGAGCAGGAAAACUUGAUGAGGCACUUGGGCUUAUAAAAACUUCUUUCUUUGAUGCUCCGGUGCUUUGGCGGACAUUACUCAGCUCUUGCAAGAUUCAUAGAAAUGUGACUAUUGGAGAAAUUGCCAUGAGCAAUCUGGUCCGAGUUGGAGUGCCAAAUGCUGGCGAUUUUCUGCUAAUGGCCACAUUAUACGCUGGAGCUAAGGAUACAGAAGGGAUUUCUCGAGUGAGAAAAAUGAUGCAAAACCAAGGAAUAAAGACCACUGUGGCCUGGAGCUGGAUUGAGGUGGAAGAUGAAAUUUACAAGUUUGUUGUGAAUGAUAAUUCACACCCAGAUUCUUGCAAAAUUUAUGCGAAACUGGAGGAAAUGAUCCAUCAGGCUGCUUUACUUGGCUAUGUACAAGAGGAAGAGGUUAUUGACACAUAUCCUUUAUUUAGUACCGAAGUGAGUUUGGGAAGUUCAGUUUCUAAACAUAGUGAGAAGUUGGCAAUUGCCUUUGGGUUGGUAAAAACACCACCAAAAUCUUGUUUACGAAUAAUGAAGAAUUUGAGGGUUUGUAAUGAUUGUCAUACGUUUAUUAAAUUUAUUUCUAAAGCAUUUGAUAGGGAAAUUAUUGUUAGGGAUAGAGCCAGGUUUCAUCACUUCAAUGAUGGUUCAUGUUCCUGUGGAGAUUAUUGGUGAAAAUUCAUACUUAUCUUAAUUAAUUUUUCCCACUUUUUCGA